AUGGGCGACAUUCCUGCCUAUUGUCCAUCAGACUACCCCUACCAAGUGCCUAUUACUCUACAGGCUUGUCAAAUCCGUCUCGCGAACUUUAUAUGCAUGUGGCUUUAUUACGCUUCGUUAAUUCUUUUAAUACCCACGUGUUGGUCACUACAAUCCUUGGCCGAUAAAAAGAAUUUACAUGUAGAUACUGGCGAGUAUAGCAAUUAUGAGGGCUACAAUACUGGUUGGGCAGGAAUUGGAAAAGAGAAAAGCGGAAAAAGAAAGAGUUUUAGCGAGUCACCAAAAUCCAGUGAACUUAUAUGGAGUGCGAGUCCCUUGGAUAAUAAUAUUACAGAUAUCCUAGGUAGUUUUCCGAGUGGAGUAGAAGCCGGCGGGAACGCGGAAGAGAACGCGUAA